AUGAGCGGCUUCUCAGCGUUAACGGUCUCGGCAGCUUCGCUAUCCAGCGUAUCAGGCGAGGGUAGCGGUAACGCAAACAACGCCAAGGACGAGCCGGUAGGUAUUAAGCCCUCGAUAAAGGUAGUCCCGGUGGCUUCGGAUCCAAUCACCUCGGGAAGGCUUCCGUCCAUCGUGAAAAAGCCCUUGGUGGCGAAUAGCGAGAGUAAACCGAACAACGGUGGCGGCGACAGCUGUAAGGGGCAAAUUCCAUUCCCUAAGGCGCACUCCAGCCGGUUCGUACGUCAGGGUAAGGGUUCUCAUUUGAACUUCACCAGCCCCUCCGGAGAGGCGGCGACGGGCCUGGCAGGGGUAGUGACGGUAGACUCCGAGUCGGGAUCCGAUCAAGAGGUCGUCCACUCAUUUACCCGCUUCAUGGAGGAGAUUGGUGGGUGCUCGGCGGAGGAGCUUCUCGCCGGGGGUAAGCAGGCAUACUAUAGCAUCGCCGUUCUCAUCGGCCUUUUAGCCUCGCACACGAAGCCAGCCAUUACGGUGUCGUCUCUGAACGAAGAGGAAGAGGAGGAGAACACCCAUAUUCUCAUGAACUCCGACGAGGUGUGUUCGUUGAUGCAAAAAGAGCUCUCGACGGAAGGGGGAAAGUCUGAAAAAGGUCCUAUCAUGGAGCCAGGGAUGGCUGAAAUACAAAAAGAGCUCCAAUCCGUCAGCGUGGGGACUUCCACAUCAAAAGAAAAGGUGGUGAAGACUAUUACCUCGCUGCUGCCCAUCUCGCGUCCCCUCGCUGAAAAGAUUUACAAUACCUGGACGCUGCAGAACGAUGGCAGGGCCAAUCUGUUCAGCAUCGCGGCGCCGUCGGACUACAUCCUUGAUGUGAAACUCAUUGGCUUUGUGGAACUCUCCCCGCCAAUCCUCAGUCCUAGCUCAUCCUUGAAGGGUCCAAAGGACAAAGGGGCUGCCGAAGACGACAGUUCAAAGACACCAAGCGUUGCAUACGGGGAGAUUCAUCUUUCCGCGGGUUCCAACAACCUUGACGCCUCUUUAGUGGAGCUGGAUUGCACAAAUGUCAGCAAGAAUUCAUCCCCUCAUGAGUCUAAUAAAGAGCCCGCGGUUCCUCGCGUUCGCGACAUGUUUGAUCGGCAACUCAGCUAUUCGGAUACCAACUUGGGUAAACGUCAAGAGCGGCCACUAACAUCCCGACAAAGAAAUCUUAACCUCGGCGCUAGGAUCAAAAAGUUGUUCUCUUCACCUUUUUCGAAACGAAAAGACGCUGUUAUGGUGGAAAACACAGCAUCAAACGCCUCCGAGAGUAGUAUGAGUGAAACCGAGCUAAAUACAUCUGCGGAGGGAACUAUCAUUUCUGUUAAUGGAAACAUAUCCUCGACGAUCCCUUCCACGGCAUUGGCUUGUGUGUUUCUAACCUUGGAGGCGGUAGUUCCACCAAGUCGCUACACCAGCGACUAUGACUGGUACUACAAGCGGAUUGUCGGGUUCGAAAGCGAGUCUGAGCGUAUCAUGAUAGCGCGUGUGCUUUCUCAAAGCAGCCCCACACUUUUUGUAUCUUUUUUCGAUUUUUUGAACCGUAUGUUUGUGGGGAAGCAAUUGCAGUUUGGGCUUAACAGGGCGGCUUGUAAAAAGAUUGGUAUUCCUGAGGAUGCUUCAAAAUACACGCCCGCGAUGCAGAAGCUCAUGUGUCUAUAUUUGGACAGCUCAAAGAAGUGGAUUUUAUCUGAUUUGAUUCCUCUUCAUCCAACUAAUUACAAGCUUUCAUCUGCAAAAUGA